AUGGAUAAUUGUUUUUCCAAGUAUUAUAGUUCCUAUGGCUUACAGACAUUAAUGAUCUAUGGACUGUUACAGUUUAAAAAUAUUGAAAAUGAAAUAAAACAAAAAACUAGUUCCUUAAUUAACCAGCAUGAUAAAAAUAAAUUUAGGGAGGGAUGCAGAGAUUUGGCUAAUUAUCUAAUUAACAAUAAUAAUCCACCGCGAAAUUAUUCAUAUUAUAAAAAAACGUGGAAAGGCGCACUAAACUAUUGGUUAAAAAAUUACUACAGAAAUCUAGAUAAACAUGGAGGAUGCCCUUUGAUUUUAGAGGAAAAAGAUAAAAAAUUUUUAAAAUUAAAAUAUGAAGAAGUAGAUUUCUGUGAAAUGAAAAAUGAAUACCUAAGAGAAAUAAAACGUUUAAGUAAAAAAUCAAAGGAUUCUGAUACAUAUAGGAGUAAGUGUAACGCAUAUAAUGCGUGGAUUGAUCAAAAAAUGAAAGAUUUUGAGCAAAAGAAAAAUCUUUUUCGAACAUGCUAUCAAAAAACAAAAAAAAACGCACGUUCUGAAUUUAUAUGUGACUUAAUGGAUCCAAACACCUUUGAAAAAUUAUCUGAUUGCCAUGUCCAAAAUAAUAUAUCAUCUCGUGAAGCUGUAUCAGAAAAAUCAGAAAAAGGUUCGCAAACACAAGACCAAGAAAAACCUGAUGAUCCAACUAUAUCACAAGAAUCACCGAAACAAGGAGAGAAAACUCAUUCUGCUGAAAAAGCUGAUAUUGAAGUGAUACCUGAAAAUAAACAGGAAUCUCAAAAAGAACUACCAUCUAAAACCUCUCCAGAACUUCAAACAAACCUUCACAUAUCAACAUCUGAAUCUUCAGAUAUAGAACGUGAAUCUUCUUCUACAGGAGAUAUACAAUUUAGAACAUCAGAAUAUCAUGCAGAAGCAGGAGCACUACCUUCAGAAUUCCCAAAAAUACUUAUUCAAUCUGAUCCAGCUUCUCCAACUUCAGAUAUACACAAAGUUACUCAAAAUGUUCUCACACCUGAAGGGUCAGCUACUAAUUCAAUUUCACCCGAUUUACAUAUGUCCUCUAUAAUUCUAGGUCCAACAGAAAAUCCAUAUAACCCAUACGUAUCAUUUAUAUUAACAAGUUUUCUAGUUAUAAUUUUAUUUACCAUUUUCAUUAAAUAUGCUUUAAUAGGACGGUUUAAAAAAAAAAAAAACAUAAAAAGAAAACAAGUGACAUUUCUUAGAAUACUGCUACCUUCACUUUCUGACAAAAAAGGCAAAUAUUUAACACAUUAUCAUACAAAAAGCACAUUAUAUGAUGAUGAAGAAAUCAUAAAAAAAUUAAAAAUACAUCAACAUAACACUAUAAAAAAUACAAAUAUAUUAAAGAGAAAAAAAGAAAGAUUCAAAACAAUUAUUGAAGUACAUAUGGAAGUACUCGAAGAAUUCAAAAAUGAAAAAUGGGAAUACGAAAAAGGAGAAUUUUUAGAUUUAUGCCUAGAACUGUUCGCAAAAGCGGAAUAUAGCACAUAUCGCAAUUUGACUAAUGAAGAACUGAUAAUGGAAAAUACUAAAAGCAUUAAUGAUAUUAAAAAACAAAAAAUUAUAUGGAAUAAAUGGGUAAAAGAACAUAGUAAUAUUUCUGAAAAAUUGAAAAAAACCAAUUGGUUUAAUAAUUUGAAAAAUGAAUGGAAAAACGAAAAAGAUUUCAUAAAAAAUAGUGUACAAUUAAAAAUGAAUUUUUCAAAUGAAAAUCAAAAAUUUUCAUUUUUAGAAAAAGAAAAAGAUUUAUGGAAAAAAUGGAUAUCAAAAAAGCAUAUGAUUAUAGAACAAUAUUUGCAACAAAAAUGGUUUGAUGAAUUUACACAAGAAUUUCUCAAUAUGUCAGAUGAGUAUGUAAAUGAAGAAAGUAAAAAUAACAUUUCACUAUUAAAUUCAGAAGAAUUACAGAGUAAAGAAUUCCAUGAAGAAUUAUAUAGUUAUAUAAAAAAAAAAUUAAUUGCAAAAAUGUGCAUACUAGUAUUUAUGAUAGUAUUAGAAGAUUGCAAAACAGAAGAUUUUAUAAAAAAUAAGGAAUCUCAUUUGGAUAAUUCCAUAAAUGAUUGGAAAACAGAUGCAAAUUUAGGGAGAAAAUCAGAUGCUCCAAAACAAGUAAUUGAUGUUAAUGACACUGCUUUAGAACAUAGAAAAAAUGGGCAAAUAAGUGCUCAAACAGGGGAGAAUAUUUUUAGACAGGAAAUAGAAGAAUGGAUAAAGGAAGAUGAUACAGGGGCGAACUCCAUAUAUAAUGAUAACAGUGUAGAAUAA